UUCCUCAGAAUACGAGGCGGGGGAGCAGCCAAGACAGUAUUGUGAGCAAAAGUGGAAUUCAUGCGUAACUGGGAAUGUUACAUAAGGGCACUUUAGUGUAGGUCUGCUUGUGCAAGUUCCGGGUCCCAGACAGACAAGAACCUGGCACAAGCACUCAGACAGCCAGGUUACAAAGAUAGAAAGGGAGGAGAAAAACAGCCAGGCUUCUGCUGGGAGCUCAGGAGGGGGAUUGUAUUUGGAGUCAGAUGCAGAGGAUUUAGGUUGAAAACCAGAAGAAUUCAAAAGAGGAACCAAUAGGACGCAAGGAGGAGAUAACGAAAGAGUGAAGAGGGUGUGUGCACAGCAGCCAAACAACCUAACAGAGAGAGGCUUGCUGGAAUCAAUGGUGUACAAAAAACAAUCAACUGUGAAUGUUUGACAAAGGACCUAAAGCCAGCUGAGAGAGGAGCUGCAGAGGACAGGACCUCAGUGACUGGCCCACCGGACCAGCCUCGCUUCAGCCAUUUUGCAGUGGAUUAUCAGCUUGUUUCUCGAUUUCUCGGAGUUAACUUUUGACAGCGGGAAUCAUGUCAGAGAAGGAAGAAGAGAUAUCCUACAGCGAAGCCAUCCAGAAGGCCAGCGCCUCCAUUACCCGCUUCCCUCUCAUCCCCGUCAGAGGAGUUCCUCUCAUGAGCUGCAUCGCCCAGAACUGGGACCCUAUCUGGGCUUUCCGUCCUGACCCCUCUGACCUCCUAAUCGCCACCUACCCCAAAGCAGGGACCACAUGGACCCAGGAGAUAGUCGACCUGCUCAUUCACAAUGGAGAUGCAGAGGUCUGCAAACGAGCCCCCACACCGGUCCGCAGUCCUUUCCUCGAGAUACACUCCCCACCGCCCAUCCCCUCAGGUCUUGAUCUUCUGAAGACUAUGGAUCCACCUAGAGUUAUAAAGACACAUCUUCCUUUUCAGUUGGUGCCCCCAGGGUUUUGGGAGAACAAGUGCAAGGCUAUCUACGUGGCACGCAAUGCCAAAGACAACCUGGUGAGCUACUACCACUUUGAUUGUAUGAAUAAGACCCAGCCUGAGCCAGGACCCUGGGACGGCUACAUCCACAAGUUCAUGCGAGGAGAGUUGUCGUGGGGCUCCUGGUAUGAUCACGUGAAAGGUUACUGGGUGGAGAGAGAGAAGAGAAACAUCCUCUACGUCUUCUAUGAAGACAUGAAAGAGAAUCCUCGGCGCGAAGUGGAGCGCAUCAUGAGGUACCUGGACAUGUCGGUCUCUGAUGAGGUCAUCAGCAAGAUUGUGGAGCUCACGUCCUUCAAGAACAUGAAGGAGAACCCGAUGGCCAACUACUCCUGCGUCCCGGCACCCGUGUUUGAUCAUUCCAUCUCUCUGUUCAUGAGAAAAGGUGAAGUAGGUGACUGGAAGAACCAUUUCACACCCGAGCAAUCAAAGAUGUUUGAUGAAGAUUAUGAAAAGCAAAUGAAGGACGUCAACAUACCAUUCAGGACUCUCAUCUAACGGAUUUGGGCUCUAACAAAAUGAUGCAGCUCUUGCAAGCCAAAGACCAAUGAACUGUCACUGUUAAGCACUAAAAGGCAGAAAUACUGUAGAAUAUUUGUCACCAGCUAAAAACCAAAACAACCAAUGAAUAAAACUAAAUUUGUUUGACUCACAUCUCAAACCUGGAUGUUAAACACUGUCUACACCAAAUGUUCUUCUGAAGAGAUUAAUAAAAAUGUGCGCCACAAUGCAAGUA